AUGUCCGCCGAAAGCCCCGGACACAAGCCGGGCAUCCGGUCAUUCUUCUCCAAUGCCUUACGAACGAAGAAAUCUCGCCAAACCCUCCGCAAGAAUAGCUUGAGCCGUUCAAUGACCGACCUGCGGCUGGCCGCACGAUCCAGCGCCGAUGAACCCCCGCCACCAAUGCCAGACUUGGCGCCUCUCCAGGCCCACCGGCUGAAGUAUACGCAAACCCAUGCGCAGCUGGACUCGCAAUUGGGCGAGCGUCGCGACUACACGACCAUGAUACACACGCUGGGACUGUUAGAGGUGGAUGACGGCUUUGAGCCCGCGCAUAAGGACAACGAGCGUCGCGAGCCCGGAGAGGGGGACAUUGCAAAAUUGUCUCCAGGUGUGUGGAGGUAUAUUGCGAAUUUCCUGAACCCAGCCGAUGCUGCGAGUCUAGCAUUUGCAAGCAUCACGCUAUACCGUCGCUUGGGGACACGGCCAUUCAUGGAAUUGAAAAGGCUGGAGAACUCAGACCACCGUCUCAACUUCCUCAUCGGACUCGACGAGUCCCUACCACAUCACCUACUAUGCUUCCCAUGCGCACGAUACCACCGCCGAACACAAGAAGGCCAGGAGCGCCUCAAACCAUCCCACGUCGUCAACCCGCUCUUCAACUGCCCCAACGCCCAAAACUCGCUCAACCCCCAACCAAGAAGCCGCAUCACCCACGCCCGCACGAUCCCCUUCUCCUUUGUACAACUCACCAUGCGCGCAUUCCGCUUCGGCCCUCAAUACGGCAUCCAACCCCAAGACCUCGGCCGCCGCUGGCAACGCGACGACUGGUCAUUUACUUCCCGCUUCUACAUCCACGAGGGCCGACUACUCAUGCGCGUCAUUAGCCAGACCUUCGCCGCGCCGGGCCUCACACCCUCCGCAAUGCGCCUCCUCCUCUACUCCCGCGAAGAUUACUGGCCCUACUUCUCUGCGUGCGCGCACUGGCGCGACGGCGAGCUCAUGCCCGCCUGCAAAUGCGCACUCGAACACAUCCCCAAGCCCCGCGAAACGGGCGGUCUACAGGGUCUAGAGCACAAAGUCAAGGACCGAUUGCAUGGCCAGCGAUUCGAUCCCAACGCUCUAACUUCGCUGUGCGGAUUCUGUCGACCCAUGCGUCGCUGUCCCGAGUGUCCGUCCGAAUACCUGAUCGAGGUAAAGCUCGCCGAGGACAAGAGUGACCCGCGCGGAACGGUGUUCAAGCAGGCUAUCGUCGUGACUCGCUGGACGGAUCUGGGCGAUGGGACCACCCCGGCUGGGCUGCAGUGGGGCGCUAUUAAUGGGAAGCGAGAUGAUUAUGAUUGCUUUACGCAUGCGCAUUAUGCAAAGCGUGGGAUUGCGAGUGUUUUCGAGGCGGCUUUUACGGCGGAUACGUUGCCUGGACAGCGGGUUAUAUCGAUGAAUCCGAAGAAGAAGAAGUUGGGGGAGAGUGGGCAUGGUUGGUAUUAG